GCACCCAGCCGACCCGGACACUCGUCUGCGCUCUGGACGACCGAGCCCAAGGCUCCCCAGGCCACCGUCAUCCGCUGCCGUUCCAGAAACGAGCAUUCGAAAUCUGCCGCCAUGUCGAGCUUUGAAGAGUUGAUGAGGGAGGCCCGGCGAAAUAACCUCGAAGAGGAGCGGAAGUGCAAGCAGCUGCUGGCUGAAAUCGCCGAGAGGAAGCGGAAACAGGAGGAAGAUGAACAGCGUCGGAAAGCUGCGCUCGAGGAUGCAAAGAAGGCUGCACUGAGGCUGCCAAGUACCAUUGAAGCUGUGCGAUCGGCCCCAUCCCCCGGGUCCGCAACGCAAUCGGCUACGCUUUCGAGAGGGUCGAAUUCGCCAUCGCUGAAACAGGCAUCGGACCGCAAGCCCAGGUCGGAGCCAACACCUCGACGAGACGAUCUCGCAUCAAGGAGGCCACAGCCGACAGAUUUUGCCAAGGGUGGCUCCAGCUCGGGCGCCCAGCUAUCGCAGCCAGGCGGCCGCCCUCGGGACCAGUAUCAUCGGAGAGAGGAACGAGGCGACACUAGCAAUAAGAUCGAGGCUCGAUCUGAUGGCCGACAUUCGGAACGAGACCGAGACCGAGACCGACUCAUAGGACGGGCGGCUCACCCCAAUCGAACCGCUGGCCCAGGCCGUUUCCAAAGGGACGAGGUCGGUGUUGGCAGCCGGUCUUCUGAAGGUGUCCGGAAACCCGACCCGCAAGCAAGCGACCGCACCCAUCGCCCGCUUUCACCUGAGCGCCAGCAUGCCUCUGGUCGAAGCGACAGCCACAGACCCCGCGAUCCUAGGGCCAUAGACCCCCGUCGAGGGUCGGACCGAAACACCUCGUCAUUGCCACAGCGAGCCGGCGAUGCCCGCGGGAGCUCGGUUCCGAAGCCAGCGGCUGCUCGACCACCUCCGCCGGCGCGAUCCAGGACCCAUACCCCGAUUGCUCUCAAGGGCGGACUCAAGAAAGGGCCUGUAGGAGAUUUCAUUCCCCUGAAUCAGAACAAGCGGGACACACGGACGCUGGAAGAAAUCCAGGAUGAGAUGCUGAAACGAAAGCAAGCCAAGACUGGCGAAGACCAGUUGACAGCGCGGGAACGACAGCGCCAGGAGCGGGAACGCGAGCGCGAAAGAAUCGAGAAACUCAAGCGAGAACGCAUAGAGGAGCGACAGCGCCUGCUCAAGGAAAAGAUCAGCCGAGACAACGGUGAGUCAAAGUCCGAUGCCGAUUCAGCGAGUCCCGACAGGGUCAAGUCGCACUAUGACAAGGAUCCCGACCGAGCCAAAGCCAGUCAUCGAGCCGAUCGGCACUCCCAGGAACGCGGCCGAGCCGACGAGCGACCCUCUGAAAAGCACGGCUCAAGAUCGCGCGACGGCCAUGACGGACUCGACACCAAGCGAAGGUCCGAGACCGGAAUGCGACACAAGCCCGGUUCACAAGGACGGCCGGGCGACCGGUACAAAGACACCGACAGCGACGAUGAUCGGGCCUAUGCAAAGAAAAAGCGAUCAAGCUCCUUGAGCGACGAUGACGAUGAUCGGUACGGCAGAGCUCGUGCUCGGGAUCGGAACCAAAAGCGAUACAAAACAAUCGAUGAAAUGGACCCGGAUGAAAUCGAAGGCAACACUUCCAGCAUAAUCUUCAAUAUGUUUAGAUAUAACCCGCACAGGUAUGCUGACGACGACAUCGAUGACAUGGAAGUUGGCGCCACCGAUAUCUUCAAGGAGGAACGCCGGAGCGCAAAAAUUGCCAAGCGCGAAGAUGAGCUUGAGGAACAGCGCGAAAUGGAACGGCUGGAAAGAAUCAAGAAACAGCGCCGUUCCGGAUACUAGGCCACCUUGCGCGAGCGGACGUGGCGAAUAUUGCGGCACGCGUGGACGAGGGGCGACAGUGUUGCUGGGAGUGCAUGUCAUUGGCGCCGAUGUAAUCUGAGCGCACCGAUAUCAUUGCUUGAACAAUCCGAAUGGACCUCCUCUCCUUCUGCAA